GUAUUAUGAUUAAAGACAUUUAAAUGGAAUAAUCGGUAAUAAACAUCAAUGUUUCAUUUCUGUUAAUUAAAUUUUCUAAGCACACAGAUUUCUAGACCUCUUUAUCGCGCUAUAAAUAAUAGUUUCCUAAGUUACAGCAUUUUAAUAUAAAUACAACAAAUUCAUCGUCAUAUCUUUAAUAGUGAGCUUUCUUUUAAUUUGUUUUUGAGAUACUAUGUUGUAGUCCAGUCAUGGCGGACCAGACAUCUAUGCUGGCGAUUGUUAUAUUGGCGGUUGGAGUGUCUGUACAUUUUUCUUUACAUAAAGUUGAAGAAGGAUACGUCGGAGUUUACUACCGAGGGGGAGCAUUGCUGCCUGUUACUAGUCAGCCUGGCUUUCACAUGAUGAUUCCAGUGCUAACGACUUUUAAAGCAAUACAGACUACAUUACAAACUGAUGAAGUAAAAAAUGUUCCAUGUGGAACAAGUGGUGGAGUCAUGAUAUAUUUUGAGAGAAUCGAAGUUGUCAACAAGCUUGAUCCUAGCAGCGUCUUAGAGGUAGUGCGCAACUACACAGCAGACUAUGACAAGACAUUGAUUUUUCAUAAAGUACAUCAUGAGUUAAAUCAGUUCUGUAGUGCACACACUUUGCAUGAAGUUUACAUAGAUUUAUUUGACCAAAUUGAUGAAAAUCUAAGUACAGCUCUACAAAAUGAUCUCAAUGAAUUAGCUCCAGGUUUGAAGGUAAAUGGUGUUCGUGUAACUAAACCAAAAAUACCAGAGGCUAUAAGAAAGAAUUAUGAGCUUAUGGAAGCUGAAAAGUCCAAGUACCUUAUCGCAGAACAACAUCAAAAGGUUGUUGAAAAAGAAGCAGAGACGGCACGCAGGAAGGCAAUUAUUGAGGCGGAAAAAGAAGCUUAUGUGGCUAAAAUACAGUAUGAACAGAAGAUUAUGGAGAAGGAAUCUCUGCAAAAAAUUGAACUCAUUGAAGAUAGUAUCCACAAAGCCAAGCAACAAACCAAAGCAGAGGCCGAUUAUUACCAUUUGAAGAAACAAGCAGAAGCCAAUAAGUUACUUUUGACUAAGGAAUAUUUAGAAUUGAAAAAAUAUGAAGCACUUGCAUUGAACAAUAAAAUAUAUUUUGGCAAUGAUAUUCCUAAUAUGUUUUUGCAGGCAACUGUUGGUGACAGUUUAUCUAAGAAUGUCCAAGUUGAAUGAGUAGUAAUCAAUUUUUUUUAAGGCAGAACUAGUCAUUGAAUUUUUGGUUUUUAGAAAAUGUGGUUCAAAAACAUUUAGUUUUAUGUUGUGUAAAUGUGUUUUUUUUUACUUUAAAUUGUGAACUGUGUAUCAAAUUCAUUAGAGCUAAGAAUAAUAGACAUUUUUGUGUCGUUUUUAAAUAAUGAUAAACUGUUAUAUAUAUUGUUAAGGUGUUCAUAAUAAAACAAUAACAAGACAUAGGUUUAAGUUGAACAUUGUUGUAACUUAUCUUUGUAUUUAUUACAUUAAAACAAUUU